CCGACCCUAGCAUCUCUUAUUUAAGCAUACCAUCUGCCUUAGCUCCCUCCAAGAGAAGAGCUCGGUUCAUCAUCCACUACCCUCAACCGAACCAUCACCCUCAUCCACUAGCAACAAGAAAUGGCGCAUUUGUGGAGUGUCGCAGCGGCCGAGCUCACCGGCAGCCACCUCGACGAGGUCAAGCGCAUGGUGGCGCGAUUCCGUGAGCCUGUCGUCAGGAUCCUGGGGGCCGGCCUCAGCGUCGGCCAGGUGGCUGCCGUUGCACACGCCAAGGACGUGGCCAGCGUCACCGUGGAGCUCGCCGACGAGGCGCGCGUCCGCGUCCAGGUCUGCAGCGACUGGAUCGUCGACUCGGUGGCAAACGGCGGUGACAUCUACGGCGUCACCACGGACUUCGGUGGCAUGUCCCACCGUCGCACAAAAGAUGGGCAUGGCCUCCAGCUCGAGCUUGUCAGGUGAGUAUACCAUUUUGCAUCUCAACAUCCUGCGCAUAUUUUAGUACUCCUGCAAUUUUGGCAGUAGACACCGCUAACAAAGGGAGGGACGGUAGUGGGUUCCAGAAAAUACACUCUUCCUUGUAGCGUGCAUGUAUCAGCCACUUGUUAUCUUUGAGAUUCGGAUCUAUGCAUGUAUCAGCCACUUGUUAUCUUUGAGACCCCUUUUUUCUAUUAAUUUUUGUCAUAUCAAUUGAAAGUCCUAUUCUACUCCCGAGCUUAAAUGCUCCCUCGUAAACAGUAAAAUCAUAAAUAAAUAAAAAACUAAUUAAAAAAGUUCUGGUUUUUAUUUAUGAUAAACUUCGACAAAUGUUUUACAUUCCUACCAAAAUUCAGCACGAGAUAACAUUCGUGGAAGUCACCG